AAACCAUCAGGAAGAGUGGCAGGAGAGAGGCUGAAGCCUGAGAAAAGUAACAGGAACAUACUUAGCACAUGGAAACCCAACCAGCUAGGAGUAUGGGGGAGAGAUUAGGCUUGGGGAAGGCAGGACUUUCUGAGCUGUUGUGGCCAUGACAGGAAAGAAGCAUACAAAGAUGACUGCCCUUGUCGCUUUUCCUUCUGUCAUGGCUGCUUCCUUCCCUUUUUUUCUUCCACUCACGUUUAUAGCGGUUGUUUUGCACGUGAGAUCCACACUAAGAGAAUUUCCAAUGCAACUGGUACUACUUCCCCUUUUUCUGGGAAGACAGCAGGCCCAGGGGAUUUUGUUUUAUGAAACAGUGGAGCAGGGCAUCCAGUGGCUUGAGCUGGCCUCCUGGGGAAGCUUUGUCUUGCAGUGUUUAGGUGCAGCAAGGACCCUGUCUGCAAGUUCACCAGUGAUCUCAACCUUCUGCAAGCUCUGCUUUUUUCCUGGGGCCUCAUAUUCUCUUUGUCUCCCCUCUAGGGCUGCAGCCUCCUCAUUGUCCUUGCAGAAGAGGCUGUGGUUCACUUGGAUUAUAUUUAGCAGCGACACUGUCACCCCAUUUUUUAGGUCUUUCAUGAUUCAUGUUGUGGUUGCCUUGGCUUUGUUGCUAUUUGUAUAAGUUCCUGUGCAUUACAAGGAAGACUACUCAUAUUUCUGCAUUUUCUUCUGUUCACAGAACAGCAGCCACUCAAAGACAUUCCUUUUUCAGCAAGGCUCUCACCCCCUAGAUCCUGCCCUCUUCCUUGAAAAACCUCAAUUUUCUCUCUUAAGCCCUUUCUGACUAGCUAUGGCAGAUCAACUCAUGAAGCCAGUGGUUUUCUUGGAAGGUUUGGAUGUAGAUGAAGUAUUUAGUACAUAAAUUUUCAGAUGACUGACAUAACAACAACCAGAGAGCAUUUAGUGAGACCUCUUCACCAUGCUCAGGGCCAGCUGAAUAGGCAGUGGGUGUCUGCAGGGUCAGCUGAGAGGGCUGUGCAGAGCCUCUGGCUGCAGGGAGAGGGGGUAUGGUCUCUGCUGCACUCUCUGGGCUGAGAACCAUUUGCAAGGCAAAAGUGAGGUGCAGUAGUUGCAACAGCAGGGAGCACAGAUGCUGAAACACAGAAAUCAGAGUUGCUGUGGCAUGACCCUAGGAGAAGAAUCAACUGGCUUGAGUGCGGCUGAAGAGGCUGAAAUAGAGACAAUCAGGAAGCACAAACAGGAGCUUUUGGAUGACAUUGAGAAGCUGAAGGAGGAGAUUGCUGAGGUGUUUGCAGAGAUUGAGUCUUUCCAACAUGCAGAAGAGAAGCAAGUGGCAAACAAUAAUCCUGGAGAGCAGAUCAGCAAGCUGUCACAGAGGGAUAAAAUUCUGUCCCUGGGCCGGAAGAAAUUCAACAUGGAUCCUGAAAAGGUUACACUUCAUCCAUGCAAUGCUGAUACUCAUAAAUGAGUUCCUAUCUCCAAGAUCCCAUGGAAAGUUCCUGAGGCUAGAGGAGGGGAUCCAGUACCUGAUCGAGCACCAGGUAUUGUCUUCAGACCUUCAGGAGAUCGCCAGGUUCCUCCACAAGGGUGAAGGUCUGAACAAGACAGCCAUUGGGGAUUACCUGGGUGGGAGGGACCCCACAAACAUUCAGAUCCUCCAGGCCUUUGUGGCAUGUCACCAAUUUGCCAACCUGAACCUGGUGCAGGCGCUGAGGCAGUUCCUCUGGAGCUUCCGGCUGCCCGGGGAGGCGCAGAAAAUCGACCGGAUGAUGGAGGCCUUUGCCAACUGGUACUGCAAGUGUAACCCAGCAGUGUUCCAGUCCACAGAUACCUGUUAUGUACUCUCCUUCUCUAUCAUCAUGCUUAACACCAGCCUGCACAACCCCAAUGUGAAAGACAAACCCCACUUUGAAAGGUUUGUAUCCAUCAACAGAGGCAUUGACAAUGGAGGGGACCUGCCAGAAGAGCUUCUAAAGAAUCUGUUUGAGAGCAUAAAGAACGAGCCCUUCUCCAUCCCAGAGGAUGACGGCAACGACCUCACCCACACUUUCUUCAACCCUAACCGUGAAGGCUGGCUGCUGAAACUAGGAGGACGUGUGAAAACCUGGAAACGCCGUUGGUUCAUUCUGACCGAUAACUGCCUGUAUUACUUUGAAUAUACCACGGACAAAGAGCCUCUGGGCAUUAUCCCCUUGGAGAAUCUCUCAGUCCGGAAGGUGGAUGAUCCCAAAAAGCCAAACUGCUUUGAACUCUUCAAUCCCAACUGCAAAGGGCAGAAGAUCAAAGCCUGCAAAACAGUUGGGGAUGGGAAGGUGGUUGAAGGCAAGCAUCAGUCCUACAAGAUCUCAGCAGCCACUCCAGCAGAGCGUGAUGAGUGGAUUGAGGCAAUACGGACCAGCAUCACACAGGAUCCUUUCUAUGAUCUGGUCUCUGCCCGUAAGAAAAAGAUUGCCAGCAAAAACUGAACCAUGACCUGGUCACCGGCAUCAGAAAGGUGUAGGUUAUUGGACAGCUUCCCUCUCACACUGGGCUCUUCCAGUGAAGAAAUUUGGGAGCUUUGGUUCCACCUGCCUCCCAUUUGGCAGGCAGAUGACUGACAGGACAGCUUGCCCUCUUUGCUUCUUCCCCUUCCAAGCUGGAGGCAGAGGCGCAGGAUGCGAUGCACUGAGGACUGUCAGAACUGUGGGCAGGGGCUUGCCCAUGUCUGAACAUAAAGGCUCAACAGCAAUUGGCCUUUGGGUUCUCCCAUGCAGCCCCAGACAUGUGGGACAGGAUCUGAGAGGAGACAGGAAUGUCUGCACAUUGUGUCCAGCCCUUCCUGUUGUCACACCGGGCCAGGGUAUUUUCUGUGAGGGACCAUGUGGAUUCUCUUGGAGCAGCUGAGCAUGGUCCAGUCAGUUGCAGAGCAGAAAGGCCCCAGUGGUUUCUCUUCCAUGAACAGAUGUGUAGAGGUAGUGGGGUGGAAGCCACUGAUAUUUAGAAACUCACUGUGAAACCAGAGGUCAAGGUAAGAUAAGAACCCCUCAGUUCAGAAGAAAUCCCUCUCUCCCCCUUCCUAAAGCCUGGAGUGAGAGCUGUAAUCCUGGGAAGUCCCCGCUCUGUAAGUGUGUCAUAAAUGUUGAAAAGUUAAAGACAAUUGAAUCCCUGUUCAAUGUAAGGGCUAACCAACUGAGCAUGGAGAUGCUGUGGGACCAGGAAAGCAGCUCUGGGUGUUUUGUCUCUCCUUUUGAGACGUGGGGACCACCACAGAUUUCCUUCAGGAGGAAACCCAAACUCUAGCUCUCCUCCUGGGUGAUGGCUCCCUGGCAAAGGCUGGUUCCUUGAGCAGCUCAGAGGCCUGGGUUUUGUAUCUGAAAGUUUUACAGUCAGAUGGCAUGAAAAAAUGGAGGUACAUACAUCUCCCCACCAGCACAUACACACAGAGGCAUUCAUUCCCAUCUUCAUACAGUGGUAUCAUCUGGAGGCUGGGGGUUUUUGUCUCUUGUGUAAAGAGAGAAAUAAAAGUGCUUAAAAUAAGCCAAAAACUCAGUGAU